AUAUAAACCCCAUCAUGGCUGGGAUUGACAAGCAGAGUCUCCGACCAGUUUGAGAGAGAGAGAGAGAGAGAGAGAGAGAGAAGCAAGUUAGGAAGCAACGAAGAGCUAAGAGCAAGCUACGAGACAUGCCGCAUAAUGUGGAGCAGGAACCUGAACGUGUUAUCGAUUUGGACGGUAGAUCUCUUCCACCAGUUCAUUAUGAAGUGGAGAUAAAUCCAGUUUCCGAAUUAUUAAAAUUGAAGACAUAUAAAUCCGGUGUUUUUGAAGCUGGGGGCUACGAAUGGAGCCUAUGUCUUUACCCCAAGGGAGACCCGGACCUUAAGGGGAACGAUCCAGCAUAUAUGUCCUUAUCUCUGUUAAUGGAGGAGCCAAAUAAGCUUGGAGACGAUGAGAAGAUCGUGGUUGACUACAAGUUUUUCGCAUUCAACUACAAAAGUUGGACCUACGUCAUCUUCACAGAGAAAGGGAAGGAACUGAGGGCAUUCAGUAAAGCAAGGACCAAAUUGGGGCUUCCUAAGUUCCUUUCCUUGAAAAAUUUCAACGAUCUUAAUAAUGGAUACUGCAAGGACGACCAUUGCAUAUUUGGGGCUGAGGUUAUGGUCAGCAAAAGUAAGAGGAAAAUGGAGACCCUCACCAUCGUCAAGGGUCCACCUCAAAACACAAUCACUUGCGCGAUCCAACAGUUCUCCACAUCGAGCAAGCACCCUCAGUAUUCCAAGGCCUUUAAAGUCGGAGGGUGGGAGUGGAAGUUAAAGGUGUUUCCCCGGCACAAUGGGGCGCAGCAGGGGAAGUCACUGUCCGUUUACUUAGAAGCGCAGGGCCUUCGUCCGAGGACUAAAAAGUAUGUAGAAGCCAUAUUGUGGGUGUUGAACAAAAAAGACACUAAUAACAAAAAGGGAAAAACAGUUUGGGGUUGGCUCUCUGACAAAAAAUUCGACUGCGGUGCCAAAGAAUUUAUGCCGUGGAAAGAUCUCGAGAAAACGGAUGGUGGUUUCGUUAACAAAAAAGAACUGGCGUUUGAAGUCAAAAUCCUCGUCAUAUCAGAUGUUCAGAGAAGUGAUGAAUCGGUUUUGAUGACUUAGCGUGGACCAAAUUGGCGUUGACAUUGGUUCCCCCGAAACCAUGUGUAUGUCGUCUUCUUGAUUUGGUUUCUUAUCUGAUUACUAGAUGGAGCGUUUGAUGCACCCAAACUCCGGAUUUGUGCAUGGAAGAUGCCUAGUAUGUCCACAACCUUGUGGAAUCGUAAUUACUUUGGGGCUUGCUUAGUAUAUUCUGUGUUUCCGAACUGUGUUUAAUCGGAGCUAUGCUUAUAAUAAAAUCAUUGUGAGCCAUUUUAUA